AUGCCCCUGACUCCAGCACUGACACUGUCUCUGAUAGAAGUGCUCUCCACCCUGCUCAAUGCCCCUGACUCCAGCACUGACACUGUCUCUGAUAGAAGGCUGCUCUCCACCCUGCUCAAUGCCCCUGACUCCAGCACUGACACUGUCUCUGAUAGAAGGCUACUCUCCACCCUGCUCAAUGCCUCUGACUCCAGCACUGACACUGUCUCUGAUAGAAGGUUGCUCUCCACCCUGCUCAAUGCCUCUGACUCCAGCACUGACACUGUAAAAGUGGAUUCGCUGGGGCUUGCAGGAAAAUUACAGCUGAAGGUUGACGUGGAGGCUGGGAAAGUCAUUGUCAAAAAAUCCAAAGAUGGGCCGGAGGACAAAUUCUACACGCACAAUAAAAUCUUGCAGCUGAUUAAGUCCCAGAAGGUCCCCAAUAAGCUGAUGAUUACAGUGGAAACAGAAAAGGAGAAAACACAGAAAAAGGAAUAUAUCUUUGCAGAUUCCAAGAAGCGGGAAGGGUUCUGCCAACUCUUUCAGCAGAUGAAGAACAAGCAUUCAGACAAAUCGGUGCCUGACAUGAUCACCAUCUUCAUAGGCACCUGGAAGUUGGGAAACGCCAACCCUCCUUCUCAAAUUAAUUCAUGGUUCCUGUCGAAGGGACAAGGGAAGACCCGCGAAGACACUGCCGACUACAUCCCACACGACAUCUACGUGAUUGGAACACAGGAGGACCAGCAGGGAGAGAAGGAGUGGAUUUUAAAAAACACUCUAAUGAAUAUCACCAACAUCGCCUUCAAACCAGUGAGAGACCUGCACCUCAGAGAGCUCCAAAUAGACGUGCUUGACGUCUUUUUGAUGAUGUCAUACCGGAUCAGCCAUGUGUGCCAGAGCAGUGUGAAGACGGGCAUCGCCAAUGCACUCGGUAACAAAGGGGCAGUGGGUGUGUCAUUCAUGUUCAAUGGGACCUCGUUUGCAUUUGUUAACAGUCACCUGACCUCUGGCAGUGAGAAGAAGGAAGAAGACAUCACAUUUGCUCCCACCUAUCGCUAUGAGCGACACACUCAUGAAAGAUAUGUCUAUACCAAAGCCAAGGCCACUGGGAUGAAGUACAACCUUCCUUCUUGGUGUGACCGGGUGCUGUGGAAGUCCUAUCCCAUGCUGCAUAUUUUUUCUGCUGGAUGUACCUCUGACAUCAUGACCAGCGAUCACUGCCCAGUCUUUGCUACAUUUGAGGUUGGAGUUACAUCACAGUUUGUCUCCAAAAAUGAUCCCGACAACACAGACGGUCCAGGUGGGAUCAAGUUUAUGAACUGUGUGGCAAUUCUUAAGACUAAGUCCAAGACCAAAUUCUUCACUGAGUUCCACUCUAGCUGUUUGGAGAGUAAGACUAUAUUUGUAAAGAGUACCGAGGGGAAGAACAAGGAACAUCAGGAGGGGUCACUGAAGGUGCGAUUUGGAGCGCCCUCAGAGUGCAUACAAUGCAAAGGCUGUGUGGCUCUCAGGUGUGCUGAAUUCUGCACCACUGAUUUCUCCACCCCCCUGACCCACCAUGGGGAACACACGGGGGACUUCAACGGGACCAUCCAGCUGCGCACCUCGGAGGGUAAGCAGAGAGAGAAGCUCUACGACAUCAGCAACCCCAAUUACAUGGGGGUUGGUCUGAAAGCAGGUGGUUCUCCGGAUCUGCUGCCCCCCUGUUCCUGGAACUACGACCAGCCACCCAAACAGAGCCCCCCAGGCAUAGGAGGGAACAGCGACCCACCCCCCCAAUCCCCGCUGUCUCCCAAGAAGACUGGUCAGACGCUGCUGAGCCACGGUCAAACAGGCAAACCUGGAGAGCACCUGUAA